CCCGCCGCAAAACCACCGUCAAACCUCACUCAGGUCUUUUCCUCGCCUCCGAUUCUUCAAGAUGACUCACGAGUCCGUGUGGUACAGCCGGCCCCGCAAGUACGGCAAGGGAUCCCGUGGAUGCCGUGUCUGCUCCAACCGCGGUGGUCUCAUCCGCAAGUACGGGAUGAACAUCUGCCGUCAGUGCUUCCGUGAGAAGGCUACGGACAUCGGUUUCAACAAGUACCGUUAAGCUCGUUCCCGCUCGUCUCUUUUCUCGAUCCGUUCGUGUUUCACGAUUUCCGUUACGUGCUCGGCGCUUGGUAUCAACCAUGGGAGGAAAAAAAGGGGAUCCGACUUACCUGAGUUUUCCCGAUGGGGUGGAUGGAAUAAAAGGCAAAUGACAAAAAAGGAUUGGGGGAAAAUUGACGGAGGGGUGGAAAUAUGAAUCAUAAUUCCAGGAUACCGGCGUGGA